UGAAACAGCUUAGUUUAGCUGUGUUCUUUAAUUUAAUUAUGGAACUGUUUCGAGUUUCUUUCCGAGCUUAAAUAUUCGCUCUGAUUUACGAUUAUUCAUCAUAAGUUUGUUCUGUUUUCUUUUCAAUACGAAUAUACUAAUUGUUAAUAAAUCUAUAUUUGUUUAAAACCAAUUUUACGCUACGUCAUCCUUUUCGUGGUUUUACAAUUUCAUUUAUUAACAAACAGUAUAUACCUCAAUCUUUUCGUUUCUCGUUUUCCGUUAUCGUGAAUCUGUUUACGUUUCCGUUUUGGUUCUUUUAUUAGUCGCGAAAAUGUCUGACAAUCUUAAUAUCCGUAGAAUUUUAAGAACUAAAAUUACUAAAGCUUCUCGACGAUUAAUAUCUUUAUCUUUGGACGAAUUAACAUCUCUACGUAAUGAAUAUGAUAUAAUUAGUGAAGCAUGUUUGGUUAACAAUACCGAAGAUUACGAUCAGCAAAAAGCUAAAGAUGAUUUAUACAAACAACAGAUAGAAGCUCUUAUUGGUUAUGAGCGUUCAAUCAGUCAGCUAGAAGCUAUUACGAUCGAUGAUGAUGAUCUUUUGGUUUCUGAAUUUCCAACUACUCCGAUUACAUCUCGAAAUUUGCAUAGUGCUUUACAUCAAACUCAACAGUCAUCGUCUUCUUCUGUUCAAUCUUUGAAUACAUUUCCUGCUUUUCCGACGACAGUAAGAGCUUCGGAUUUGUUGAACUUUGAUGGGAAUGUAAUUAAUUGGCUUCCUUUCAAAAUGACGUUUGAGGACGAGGUCAUCAAUAACCCGAAUCUUUUGGAAUCUAAGAAGCGAAAUCUUUUAUUGAAAGUAUUGCAGAAUUCAGCUUUAGAUAGAGCGAUGGACCUGGUUCGUCAAGGAAAAACUUUGGUAUCAAUUUGGUCUUCUUUAAAUGUUUUUUAUAAUAACCCGAUAAAAAUCGAUGAGCAAUUAACAAAGCAAAUACGAUCAUUGGUUUAUGUGAAUUCUCCGUAUGAAUCAGCCAAACUGGAAGUUAUGCUACGAGAAGUUCGUCGUUUGUCUAGUACUUGUGCUAGUCUUGGAGCUGCUUAUCUCGCACGAUCGAAUUCUUUAGUGAAAGAAGUUCUUUGGAAAUGUGGACGGCCGUUACGAGAAAAGCUGUGUCAUGUUGAAUCGUUAGCUCAGCUCGAGAAAGAGCUGGAAAAAUUAUACAAAUCCGCUUUGUGUCUAGAUGCAUAUGAACGCCGAGAACCAUCAAGAUUUUCUCGUCCGGCUUCUCAACAGGUGGCUGCUGUUUCGUCAGUGCGAUGUUUGUUUUGCAAGCGUUCGAAUCAUUCUUCUGUGGACUGUCAAGUUUCUUUAUCGGUGGAAGAGAAAAAACGUGUCUUAAGUACGAAUAAUCUGUGUUUUAAAUGUAUAACGCCUGGUCAUCGUGCGAAUUCUUGUCCUCGUGCAGCCUCAAUUCGUUGUAGAAUCUGUCAAUCAAAUCAUCCUACCGUUCUACAUCAAGUCCGUCUUAAUGGUAGCCAAAAUUCUCAUAACAACAACAAUAUUCAGUCUCCUGUUACAAAUUCUUCGUCUUCUUCCACUUCUUCCACAUCAACUACUUCUACGGCUGCUGCACCAGUCUCGUCUACACCUUCAUCUGUUGCUGCAAUAUCUGCUCUCUCAAAUCAAUCUAUGUCUUUCUUGGCUUCCUCAUCUGGUUCAACAAUAGUUACAUCUUCUGAUUCUUCCGCUGUUGCUAGUGUUCAUUCUUCUUCUGCUAAUCCAUUGGUGGCUCAAUAUGAUGGUGUGGCAUCUUCUUCUACUACUAAGGAACGUCCGGCGUUUAUCAUAAAUUUUAGCGGUCGAAAAUGCAUGGUUUGGAUAGAUACGUGUUCGCCCUUCACGUUAAUUCGCAGCAAUUUAGUCAACAUAAACGAUUGUGCUUCCGUUCCUCCAAUAAGUUUUUCCGGUUUUUCUGGUGGUUCGCUCACUAUGUCAGAUAAGAAGAUUUCCGUCGUUCUUGUGUCCGAUGCUUUACAAAUUUCUAUUGACGCUUAUGUGAUCCCUGUCCUCCCACAUUGUGAUCUUAUCAUCGGCACAGAUAUGCUUUCUCGUAUAACGAAAAUCGAUCCUUUAAAAUCUCUAAAAUGGGAAUCAAAAUUCGGUGAUAUCUAUUAUGGCCCAGUAGCUGCUAUCGAGAAUAUGAAAAUAGAUGAAGAAAGUGAUGAUGAGGAAGAUCUUGAUAUGCAUAUUGUACGUCUGGAAAACGGUCGUUUUGAAGCCAGGCUUCCGUUUUUGUCGGACACACGUCCACCGUCGAAUUAUCCGGUAGCCUUAACGUUGCUAAACAAGUUAAUUUAUCGAUUGGAAGCUGAAAAAACGUACGAACUAUAUCGAUCUGAGUUCAUGAAAUAUGUCACAUCUGGACAGGCCGUAGAGGUGAACGAUUGUGAAGGUUAUUUUAUUCCGCACCAUGCGGUGUUUCGGGCCGAAUCUUCAUCCUCCCCUGUCAGAAUUGUUUUCAAUGCGUCUUUUGGUCGAGAAUCAUCCUUGAAUAAUCUACUUUGGAAGGGAUUAUCGCUGGGAUUGGACGUUUUUCCUCAUCUGAUUCGAAUUCGUCUGUUCAAAUAUUUAUGCACCGCAGAUUUAAGAAAGGCGUUUCUACAAAUUUCAAUACAUCCUGAACAUCGUAAAUACAUUCGUCUGCUGUGGAGAGAAAAAGAUGGUCAAAUUAAGAAAUAUGAAAUGACCGUUCUUCCUUUUGGGGUUAUUUCUUCUCCUGCAAUUCUCACGCAAGUUGUCGAUAGAAUGGUCCAGUCUAUUGAUAACAUUUCUUCGCGGAAAAUGCUCUCUGGUGUCACCUACAUGGAUGACUUACUAAUUGGAUCCAAUGAUAUGAAUGAUUUGCGUCAGAGUAUUGUUGAUGCAAAACGUGUUUUUAAUUCUUCUGGCUUCGAGAUUCAUAAAAUCUAUUCAAAUGCGCCUAUUUCUGAUGAAGCAUCACCUGAUAGUUCUGGUCUAUUGGGACUCCAAUGGUAUAUUUCUGACGAUACUAUUGGCUUGAAACAUCGAGAUUUAUCAUCGCCUGUUUUAACUAAACGUACCUUAUUAUCGAUAAUUGGCCGCAUUUUCGAUCCUUUAGGAUUGAUUGAUCCUUUAAAGCUUCAACUACGUUUAUUGUUCUCUCGUAUAGUCUCCAAUGAAUGGGAUGCUCCUAUCGAUACUGAAUUUUCUCGAGAAUGGAAUGAUGUGAUCAAAGAGUGGCCGGAUCUACGACUAAUUAGAAUAGAUCGUUUCAUUCCUGAUACUUCCACUAUGUAUUGCUUCGCCGAUGCAAGUGAAACCGGUAUUGGUUAUUGUAUUUACUUGGGUUCACAAUUCCUUUUUGGUAAAAGUAAAAUCGCUCCUAAAUUGAAGACUAUUGUUGAAAAAGAGUUAUUAGCUUUGUUAGAGUUGCUGAAAAUGGUGGUUAAGAUCCGAAAAAUAUUGAAUCAAUCUAUCAUCAAUCCUUCAAUUCGGGUUUAUUCUGAUUCAAGAAUAAAUCUCGAUCGUCUCAAUUCUUCUCCGAAUCGUUUUAAAUGUCAUGUUGGCAAGAAAUUACUUCGUAUCCUUCAAAUCGUUUCUGAUUUUAAUAUCGCUGUCUUCUAUAUUCCUGGUAAAGAGAAUCCUGCCGAUUUGUUCAGUCGUACCGUUUCCGUUACGAGUUAUCUUAAUCGUAAACCCUGGAUCCUUCAUCUGGCCAAUUUACCGAAUGAAACGUGCCCAGUGGUCUCAGUCUGUUCUAUUGAAAAGAAAGAUAUCGAUUUGGAUUUAUUUAAUUUUCUGAAUGGUUUAUCGUCAAUCAAAAGUAUGUUACGUUGGGUGAAUCGUUUCCGUGGUUGGCUUCCUAAAUCCCGACAAGAACGAAUGUUAAAUUCUUUGUACGUUCUUAUUCGUUGUUUCCAAUCAAAUUCUCGUCCUAAUAGUCCGCAUGAAUGGUACGUCGAUGAUCGAGGUUUGUUCGUUUUCCGUUCAAGAGAUGGCUUAAAUUCUAUUUGGAUUCCUCCUCGGACGGCUUUGGCUCGAGCGCUUUUAUACGAUGCUCAUCGCCGGGCGAAACAUAAUGGAGUAAAAUUGUCAUUAGCUCAAAUUCCGGCUGAGUUUGCAAUUGGAGAUGCUAACCGUUCAAUGGCUCGUCUGAUUUAUAAUUGUAUCAUUUGUCGUAGUCGUCGUGGUAAAGCUAUUUCCGUUCCGUUUGGUCCUACAUAUCAUGACGUAGAUAUUUAUCAAGGUCCUUUUAGUCGUAUUGCGAUCGAUGGCUUUGGUCCAUUCACGUUACGAAACAGUAAAAAAUAUUGGGGUUUAAUUGUUGCAUGUUUAUCUACUCGCUGCCUUCGGAUCGGUAUUCUCGAAGAUUUGACGCCGAUUGCAGCUGCACGUGCUUUGAAAUCAGUAUUCCAUGAGGUUGGAUAUCCGAAAUUCAUUUUAUCGGAUAAUGGCACGAACUUCAAACAUAUUAAAUUGGCUCUUGAAAAAGCUGAGAUGACUGUUGUCUGGUGGACAUCGGCUCCGCUAGCUCCAUGGCAAAACGGUACAGCAGAGCGUUUCGUUCAAAUGGUGAAAAGUUGUUUGUCCGUAUAUGAUAAGAAUUGUCGCUCUUUAUAUGACGUGGUACUUCGUUUCCGGGAAGUAGAAUCGAUUAUUAAUGCUCGACCGAUUAUUUCUAAUGAACGUCCCAUUUCGGCGCACGAAUUUUGUUUUCAUCGGCCUCUACAUUUGAUUACCGAAAAAGCUACUAAUGAUUUUAAACCUAUCGAUUUGAACCGUUUGUAUCGCUUUAACGAAGAUCUCCGUAAACGUUUUACCAAACUUCUUAAGCUUCGUUAUUUCAACUUGUAUCGCUUUCGUCCCAAAAUUUUCUCUGGCUCAGUCAACGUGGGAGAUUAUGUUCUAAUACCCGAUAAAUGUGAUCGUGAAACCUGGCCAACUGGUCAGAUUCAAGAGUUAUCUUUUGGUCGUGAUGGUCGUGCUCGCUCGGCUCUUAUCUGUUUCCGUGGGUCUUCUUUGUGGCGUCCUAUCUCCGGUUUGGUCCUAAUUCCGCGGGCGGAGAAUUGUUGUGAAACAGCUUAGUUUAGCUGUGUUCUUUAAUUUAAUUAUGGAACUGUUUCGAGUUUCUUUCCGAGCUUAAAUAUUCGCUCUGAUUUACGAUUAUUCAUCAUAAGUUUGUUCUGUUUUCUUUUCAAUACGAAUAUACUAAUUGUUAAUAAAUC